AUGAAUAGUCUAAAGGUGCUUUUGCGUUGUCAGCGCAAUAACGUUUAUAUAAAACGAGCGGCAACCACAAAAAAGAAGAUGCAUGAUCCUAACGAGGAAGAGCAACUACCAAUUUUUCAGUAUCCAGUCAGCAAAAGUUCAGACCGAAGACUUUACGUUUGGGGUUUAGCGGAAACAGGAGCCCUUGGUAUACAUUCACCUUUGGGAAAACAUAGGGGUAGCAAAUCUUAUAAGAAUGACUUCAAGUUUGCCUGGCAUCCUAUGCGAUCCAGCUUUUGUGAAAGAUUUGACGUUAUUCAAAUUGCUUGUGGAUAUGGCUUUACUGUAGCAGCUAUAAAAACAAAAGAACAGCAUAAAGUUUUUGGAACAGGCAUUAACACAGACUCUCAAAUUGGCUACCACGCCCCAAGAAUGGGUCAUCCUUUGGAGAUGCUUCUUAGCCCAGCACCAAUUUAUAUACCAUACAAGUCACUGGAAACUAAGAUUACAGGUCUAGCAGCUGGUCGAGCACAUACCUUAGUUCUGACUGACAAUGAAGGUGUAUUUACUCUUGGAAACAAUGCUUACGGACAGUGUGGAAGAAAAAUAAAUAAAACAGAAGAAUACAGAGGGAGUAUGCAUUCACAUAACAUCAAAAAAUUGGCAGCAGAGAAAAUAAUUGAUGUGUGCGCUGGCCAGGAUCACAGCCUAUUCAUAACGGAAUCUGGAAAGGUGUACUCUUGCGGUUGGGGUGCAGAUGGUCAGACUGGUUUGGGUAAUUUUGACAACCAAGGACCACCGGGUCUAGUCAAAGGAGAUAUCACUAGUGAAAAAAUUGUAAAAGUUGCUUCCACAGUUGAUUGUGUUCUAGCUUUAAGUGAUAAAGGUGAGCUCUUCGGUUGGGGUAACUCUGAAUAUGGUCAAAUACCAGUGACCUCAAAACAACAGCAAGUGAACAUGUCAUAUGCACUUAUCAAUUUUACAAAAGGAAUAGGAAAGAUCGUCGAUAUUGCUGCUGGCGGUUCCUUUUGUCUUAUAUGCAAUGAACAAGGUGAUGUCUUCGUUUGGGGCUUUGGGUUGCUUGGUCUCGGUCCAACUGUCCAUCACACAGCAAACCUGAAGCAGAUACCACCAGCUCUUUUUGGCAGAAAUGAAUUUAACCCAGAGUCAAUGGUAGAAAAAGUCUCAUGUGGAAUUGGACAUUUAGCAGCAAUAACUAAUAAUGGAGAUUUAUAUACAUGGGGCAGAAAUCGACAUGGCUGUUUAGGAUUAGGAAACAAUAAGGAUCAGCAUUUUCCUUUGAAAGUGGGGAUUGGGGCUUAUGUAUUAAAUGCAAAAUGCAGUGUGGAUCAUACAGUUGCUAUUUGUAAACCAUUUGUGUAA